CCGUUGGAUUUCAUCCGCACCAUCGAGACGGCCGACGUAUCUUGAAGCAAAGGCCGGCGUGUGAUUCGCAGAUAUGACUCAUUCGACCUUCAUCGUCACGAAUAGUUGUGGGCUUCCACUUGACACUGCUGGAUCAAUCUCAUCCACCCUUUGGGAGACUCGCAGGUCGCCGAUACUACAACAUGCCUCCUCUGCCCGGUUUCUCAGACAACCCCUUCCGCACCCGCGCCGACGUCGUGCGCGCGGCAACGGCCCUGAUACGACCAUUGGAGCAGUAUAAGUCCCUCCAGAGAGCGCGGAUUAAGCUCACGACCAACACAGCCGCGGGGUUCGAUGAAGUCGCGGCGCAGUUGGAAGGGUUCGCGAGGCCGUUGUGGGCUGUCGCGGAUCUUUUGAAUGACUUCGAAAGCGGCGGCGAGAGUGAGGAACUCGCGGGCUUGAACUUGAAAUCUUGGUCCCGGGGGGUCGUGGCGGGAACAGAUCCAGAUUCUGAGGAAUAUUGGGGCGAUGUGGAUGAUAUCGAUCAGCGGAUGGUGGAGAUGGAGUCUAUCGCCUUUGCUAUGCUUGUUGCACCUGGACCAUUUCUUUCGGCAUGUGAUAAUGAGGAGAAGAAGGAGAGACUCAGGACUUGGCUGAGGCAGAUUAAUGGGAAGAGGAUGCCGCAGAAUAAUUGGCUUUGGUUCCGGGUGUUUGUUAACCUGGCGUUGGUGAGGGCGUUAGGGGUCUCGAUUGAGGAGGCUAGAUGGAUCAUGGAUGCGGACUUGAAGAUUCUUGAUACUUUCUAUAUGGGGGAGGGGUGGUCCAGUGAUGGAGCUUGGGGGAAGGAGAGGAAACAGGCGGAUUAUUACUCGGGCAGCUUUGCGAUUCAGUUUGCGCAGUUGUUGUAUGUACGGUUCGCUGUCGGGGAUGAGGAGAGGGUUGAGAGGUAUAAGGUGCAGGCCAAGGAGUAUGCGUCCAGCUUUUGGAGGUAUUUUGACACAAAUGGGGCCGCAAUACCAUUUGGUCGAAGUCUAACAUACCGCUUUGCUUUUGUUGCAUUCUGGUCCGCCGCAGCAACCGCUGGCGUGGAUCUUGCACCGCCUCUAGACGAUCCUGGAGUAGUCAAGGGACUGCUGUUACGGCAUCUCCGAUGGUGGGCAGGAAAACCGGACAUGUUUAACACGGACGGGACGCUCAGCAUCGGGUUUGCGUAUCCCAACAUGUACCUGAGUGAGGACUACAACUCGCCGCAGUCGGUGUACUGGUGCCUCAAGACCUUCGUCAUCUUAGGUCUGUCCGAGGACCACGCCUUUUGGAGGUGCGAGGAGAAGCCCCAUCCUCUCCAAGGCGUCAAGCCUCUGGCUUCAUUAUCAGAAAAUACUGCGACGAACGUGAAGCAGCCGUAUCCGGGACGUGUAGGAGUCGUCUGGCCGCCGCGGCAUAUACUUUGCAACGGGCCGGAGCACCAUUUCUUACUUUCAUCGGGCCAGAUGACGAAGAAGAGCUUCAAGGGACGGGAAGCAAAGUAUGGCAAGUUUGCGUACUCAUCGGCUUUUGGGUUUAGUGUGCCCACGGGACCACUACUUUCGCAGAUGGCACCCGACAGUACACUGGCUGCUAGUAUCGACGAUGGCGACAGUUGGUGCGUAAGAUGGGAGCCGACGGACUUCAGGAUCGAACUUGUGUCGGUGUCGUGUUCUAGCAUGUGCAACGAGAUGCCGUCUCUAGUCAGUGUCUGGAAACCAUGGAAGUGGCUUGACUUGGAGAUUGAGACAGCAUUGGUGCCUGUCAUGGAGAGCUUUCCCGGGUGGCACGUACGGGUUCAUAGGGUCCGAUGGAAUCCCAGAGGCGAAAUUCCGUCGUGGUUCGGGAGUGUGCAGCUCCUCGAUGGAGGGUUCGCUAUCGACUCACAUACGGCUGCGGGGAAGUUUCUCCCGAAGCGGACUUCUCACGAAGUCGAUGGGCAGUGUUACAGCGAGGACAUUGAUAGGUGUGUCGUCUACUCCUCAGCCGGGGCGAGCGGCAUCUCCGAUAUCAUGGUCGAAGGAGAAGGGCUGCGUGGAGAUCUCGAUAGAGGGGCGUGGAUGUUGAGACCGGAUCCUAAUACCAACCUCAUUGUGCAGACGUCGUUCAUUCCCGUUAUCAAUCAUCAGUUUAGCCUUCGACAGGGGGAAGAGGAAGGGAAUGGGGCGGCUGUAGACUCGCUCUGGAUGGCUUCUGGUGUGUUUGCUGUCAGUGGCGCAGCUGGGCUUCCGGCGGAGAAGAUUCGAGCCAUGUGGGAAAAGAGACUUCGGGUGUCUAUCAACGAGGGAGAAGGCAGUAGAUGGAUGGUCCGAAUUCUUGAACAUUGAGCGGCUUUGGACGCCAUCAGGCUGAUAGCAACUAAGAAAUCCAGUACGAAAGAGAAUGGCAAACU